ACGUCACGCAGAACACACAACACGGAAGCGAGGGAUUACCGUCGUCCGCUACUGACCCUGCUCCCGUCAAAAAGGUCUCCCAUGUGCACCGAUGUGUCUGACAGGGGAAGGUUUGUCACUUUUUCUGUGACGAUGAUGAACACUUAGUUAGUCCUAUCAGUACUCCAAUGGAAGCUCCAGUCACAGCUCCGCCCCCCCCUAACUCCUCCACCCAGCCCGCGCCCAUCCCCCUGCGCCCGGCCGUGGCCCCGUCGGUGCAGCUGGGCUUCACCAUCCUCUACACCUCUCUGUACGCCGGACUCUUCCUGGUGGUGUACGCCCAGCUGUGGCGCCUCUACCUGUACAGACACAAGACAUGGAGCUACCAGAGCGUCUUCCUGUUCCUCUGCCUGCUAUGGGCGGCCCUCCGCACCACCCUCUUCUCCUUCUACUUCUGUAACGCUCUGGAGGCCAACCACCUGCCUGCGGCCGCGUACUGGCUACUCUACUGCUCCCCCGUCUGCCUGCAGUUCUUCACCCUCAGCCUCAUCAACCUGUACUUCACUCAGGUGUUACUCAAAGUGAGAGAGACGUACAGCUCAGACGUGGACAGAGGAAUAUGGCUGGCGCGCUGCAUGUACGGUGCGAUGAGCGCUCUCUUCUUCUGCGUGAACGUGGUCUGUGCGGCUCUCAGGGACGGGGAGGGUGGAGGGUCUGGGGAGCGGACCUGGAAUCUGGUCCUGGUUCGAGUCCUGGUCAACGACUCGCUCUUCAUCCUGGACGCGGUGCUCCUGGCCGCUCUGCUGAUGCUGCUGGCCCGCCACUCACACUCCACCAACCCCUACCUGAUCAGCAAGGGCACCACGGUGUGUCGUACAGCUGCACUGGGAGCAGCGGUGAUCUUAUUGUUCUCCAGUCGAGCCUGCUACAACCUGACGGUGCUCAUCCUGUCUCAGAGCCAGCGGGUGGAGUCCUUCAACUUCGACUGGUACAACGUCUCCGACCAGGCUGACCUGCGCAGUGAGCUGGGCGACGCAGGCUACCUGGCCUUCGGUGCCAUCCUCUUCAUCUGGGAGCUGCUCCCCACCGGCCUCCUCAUCCUCAUCCUCAGAGUGCGCCGGCCUGCUCAAGAGAGCAGCAGCAUGGCUGUCAACAACAGGGUCUUACCUCGACCGUAUUUCUUUGACGACCCUCAAGGUAGCGAUGAGGAUGCUCCGAUGCCGUGGGCACCCGCCUCCCACCCACACGCAAGCUGGUACGGAUCAGAGAGCGCUCCUCUCCUGUUCGCCAGCAAACCUCCAGACCAGAUCCACCAGCACCAUUCCUUCUACUCCACCCCCCAGAACUGACCCCCACCCCCCCCACCUUCAGAACCUACCCAGACUCCUCUCCACCAUCCGGGUCAGCGUGUCCUCCAGCACAGGCCACACACAGCCAGCAGCCCCCCCCCCUGUGAACUCCUCUUGCACUGAGAUCCUCAGGAACUCAUCCGACAAACAGAGAAAAAGCACCUUGUAGAAUUUGAACAGAGAAUAUAUUGACAUUCUUUCUCGGCUCAAAGGGAACAAACUGGAUGGGAGACGCCAUGACCGACAGAUAUUGUGCUCAGUGAUCUCCUUUUUAAAGGGUAACGUGUGGUUUACAAUGUGUUCGCUUAUAUAUGAUACGUUCUUGUUCGAUUGUUUUUGUAACUAGCUCUUACAAUCCCGAAAAAUUGCACAUUUAGCUUCUAUAGCAUUCCUUAAAAUGAAUGCACAUAAAGUAGUUUAUAAGCUUGGUGACAACCACUGGAAAUAAUUAUAAAUCUUUUGACAAUGUUUCAUUAUGAUGUUUCAUUAUGAUCAGCAGGUUGACUUUUUUUAUGUACAUUUAGCAAUUCUUUUUAAGUUAAUUUGUAUUCCUUCCCUGUAUGAUUGUAUAUUAGUUUGACAUUUUAAGUUAUUUUAUAUCUGCACUUCAAUCAAAUGUUAUUUUACUUCAUGUUUACUGGAAAGAGGCUUCCUCAUAGCGAGUCACUGUCAUGUGUUUACCGCAUGAUUGAUAUUUGACUGUGUAAACAACAGACCAAUAAAGAAACUUUAAAGAGUU